CGACGCGGGAGCCGCCGGCGACGGUCACGAGGAGGGCCACAUGCUCCAUCCACCAACAUCUCGGUCCUAUCGGAGGACCACAUGCUCCAUCCACCAACACGCCGGCGGCGGUCACGAGGAGGACCACAUGCUCCAUCCACCAACAUGCCGGCGGCAGGACGCCAGGGCGGUGGCGCAGCGUGGAGGACGGGUCCUUUCUCCUUUGACGCGAUGUGCUUGCUCUGGUUCCUCAGGGAGGACAUCGGCCAGAGACAGAAGUACAGAACCGCCUGGCCUACUCCGCGGCUUCUUCGUCACUGAAGACGCCGGCCAGCAACGCAGCGGUCUGCCUCCCUAUGCCUAUUCUUUGUCAGGAUACUCCCAAGGAUAGUCAGGGUUCCUUAUAGAAUAUUACUCGAUCUUAUGCUACAAGAACUUGGUGUUUCAAAGGGUGCGUACCAUAUUGAAUUAUGCGAGGAGAAGGAAGUGAGUGUGACUAUGCUCUUUAAUGCCUCUAUGUUGCCAUUGGAAGGUUCUCCUGUGUACAUCUCGAUGCCUAGAAUCCAGUCCAAAGAUUAUGAAAUAGCACAAGACACUACAUGUAUAAAAGCUCCCGGGUACAUUGAGGAGGCAACCAAUACGGUCAUCAGGGACUGGAAUUACACUCGGCUAAAAGAGCUGGAAGAACAAAAUAAAUCCCUGGUGCAUGGCUGAAUACAAGAAAAAACCCUGCCAGCAGCUGGUUUCUUGCCAUGGGACAUAUGUCUUCAUUUUCUCAGCAAGUAGCCAAGUACUAAGCAAGUAACCACUAAUGGAGAAGACCCCAUGGACGCGGUUUGGAAUACUCUUCUUUGCAACUUUCAAGAUAUGAGGUUUAGGCUUAAACAUGUAGGCGCCCGCUUGGAGAAACAUCUGGAGAAAGUAAGGAUGAGUUCCUAUUCCUAGAGUUAGAACCAUGGUAGGCUCUCACAAGUUUCAGUGGAGAGUAGGAAUGUUGGCUUUGGGUGAUGCAGGUUGUAAGUACGUGUCCGGUUCAUCUAUAGAGUACUUGUGAACCACAUGCUUUCUAUUUUUGGAAGGUGUGAGCUGUCGACCAUGUGCUUUUUCUAUUCUGGGAAAGGGCACUUAAACCAAGCUUAGCUGCCAGAUUUGGCGGGUCACCGGCAUGUACCUCACGAAAAACCUUGCCAUCCCAGGUUUUCCUCCAUCUCCCUCGAUUGUCUAGAAAAUCUAUGUCCCUUCCUCUUGCCCUUGUUAGGUAAACAAUAAUGGAGGAGGACCGUGGUGAUCAAAAGCCACUGGAGCUGGCCAUCAAGAGGAUUGUGUCCGCCAAACUUUUGGUCAAGCCUCGUGACAACAACGGUGGCAGCCUCCUCCGGCUGUUCCUAGCAUCCAGUGUCUCCGGGGCAAUCCACUAUGGCUGGGGGAUGCAGAUCUCUAUCCUCACACCGUAUGCUCAGCUUCUUGGAGUUCCACACAUGUUUGCUUCCCUUAUUUGCAGCUCUGGACCUUUGGCUGGAGUUUUGGUAAAUCCCACGCUCAAUUACCACAGUGACCGAUGCACAAUGAGGAUGGGACGCAGGAGGCCAUUCAUCCUAGUUGGAUGCCUCCUCCUCUCCAUUUCGGCCAUGGUCAUUGGUUAUUCACCAGACAUUGGGCACUACCUCGGAGACCCCAAAAUAAAAUGCGGUGUCUUUAGUGUCCGCAAAGGUGCUUCCGCCAUGGUCAUCUUCGGUUUUUGGCUCCUCGACUUUGCCAACAACACAGUUCGAGGGGUUACCCGUGCUAUGAUGGAUGAUCUAUCCGUGGGUAAUAAAUAUGGCCCCCAAAUCGGCUAUGUUCUUUUUUGCUUUUGGGGGAGUGUUGGAGUCACUCUGGGCUUAGCAGCCGGCGCGACUGGAAAAUGGCCAGGGUGGUUCCCUUGGCUAAAGACUGAAGCUUGUUGUCACGUUUGCGCAAACAUUAAGGGUUCCUGCAUUGCAAGUGUGGUGUAUAUUGUCAUCACCAUGGCACUCACCAUGGCCUUCGCCGACGAACAGCCAAUUGAAAAGAAAGAUGUUGACACAUCCCACGUUCAGUCUUUCAGCAAUCCAUUCAAGUGUUUGAAGAACAUGUCUCCGUCUACGACGCAAUUAUUCAUUUUGACGGGAUUGUCAUGGCUAGCUUUGUACCCCUUCUUUAUUUACAACACCGACUGGAUGGGUCGCGAGAUUUACCAUGGCAACCCUCGAGGGUCGAGGGAAGAGUUGCAUAUGUAUACCAACGGUUUCCGCCAGGGUUGCAUUGGACUCAUACUUUCCGUCAUUACGCGCACAAUCACUACCGCCUUCAUCCCCAAGUUGUGCCACAAGCUAACAGCAAGGACUGUCUGGGCGUUGAGCAACUUCCUCAUGUGUCUCCUUAUGUUGACAGCUGUUAUCAUCAGCGUCCUAUCCAGCAAUGGAUACAGGCCUUCCUCCAGACAUAGCCGCACGGAACCUGAUCCAACUCUCGUGGCAAUUGCGCUCGGCAUCUUUGCACUACUGGGAAUUUCAGGGUCCAUAACACAAUGUGUGCCAAUGGCACUUGCUUUUCAUAUAGCUGCUACAGAGGGUGGGGACAGCCAGGGCAACGCCGUUGGUGCCAUUUCCAUUGCUAUUGUCAUGCCACAGGUGCUAGCGGUGCUCACGACCGGCCCAAUCGACAAUGCUUGCGGUGACGGGGGAAACACACCGGGCUUUGCCCUCAGCGCUGCCCUGGCCUUUCUUUCUUGGUUUCUCGGACUCUUGUUGCUGUCCAGGAAAAGCGACAUAUCUUAUUCAAUGCCUCUGUUAUGACUAUUGGGUACUAGUGGAUACUCUAGACCGUUCUAGGCCUAAUUUUUUACUGAGUACCCAAAUUAUAGGGCAUUCUAGAUGCAUUAGGACCAUCAUUUCCGGAAUUGUAAAUAAGGUACGUUUGUUGUGAGACCAAGCAAAUUAAUGAACAUUGAGCAAAGUCUAGGGCCUGCAGGUUAAGGGUUUUGGACCGGUCACGACAUUGGACAAUAAAGUUAGUGAAAUGUUCCCCA